AUGUGUAACUGGAAGGGAGAAGACGCGAGAACGGUUGAAGAGAGCAAGUCUAAUGGUAACAGGCAGUCGAGGUAUCUUGCGAAGGAUCAUCACAAUGAUCUCUGGAGGGAGUUUUUCAGCGAUAGCAAGUUGCGUCCCUCUGUGCACAUGCUAGAGGGCAGUGCCAAAAGAAAUUUCAUUGGACAGGAGUUACCCGAGUUACCGAGUGAUAACGAUCUGAUAAUGACUGAUAUGCCGAACCUGGGAUCAAAAGGACAAACUAGUCCAGCUAUGAUACAUCUUCUCUCAUGGCUCCCUCCCAUACCACCUGUUUGGCUUCAACCUGUCAAAAUGCUGAAUGGAAUCAUGCCAUUCUCCAUCAAUGCCCUCACUGUAACAGGAAAUUUCAGAAAACUGGUUUCAAGUAGCAUGAGUAUGAAGAGAAACAAUGAGUGCAGGCAGACCCAAUGUAAUGGUUUCUGGCUUCAAUUAUUAACUCAGCUGCCCACCAUCGAGCUGCAAGAGCAUUGGUACUCAAAUCACAGCCUUGAGUGCCCAAAGCUCACCACACAGAUACAGGAUAUUUUUUCGUCAAUGAACCCAUCUUAUGAAGAGUUCUGUGUUUGCAGUGAGAAGUCCCCAUCCCCAGUUGACAAAACACCUUGGUCCCCAUUUUGCACAUUGGGUGACUUUGAGUUUGUGGAAAUCACACUCGCUUCACUACUCAACCAGCAACAAGUCAAUGCCCUGCUGGAUCUCUUUGCUCGUGUCACACAGGGAGCCAUCCAAGUCGUGCUCAAGAAUGAUGCUGAACUUUGCAAAGCAUGUGAUGCAGCUGCAAUGGAACUCACUCUGUUCUCCAGGGUCAAAGUUAAGGUACCAUACAAAAAGGAAGAAUGUACAUUCGAAGCACAUAUUUGCCCACUGUGGGAGUGGGCACUCAAUAUCUUAGAAAAUCCAUUCCUUGGCACAAUGGCAUUGAGUAUGAACAUUUUUACAAUGAGCCCUGGACUGGAGAUUAUUGGUGGGAUAUUCAAUCUACCAAAUAUCAAGAAUGCCAUGCCAUUUGGCCUGAUCCUUUAUGCUGACAAAACCAACCUAUCAUCUUUUGGCACUGCCAGGAGUUACCCCAUCAUUGUGCACUGUGCAAACUUGCCAGUUGAGAUUCAGAAUAGGCAAUGUCAUUGGCAGAGGCUAAGAACAUUUCAGGUCCCUGAAGAUGCUGAAGAAGAGGGAAAGCUAGGCUACACAACCCUCAAGCAUGUCAUUUGGCACAAAUCUUUUAAAAAGUUACUUCUGGAGAUUGAGCAGUACUUGAAGACUGGAUGCAUGAUGGCACUCACUUGUGGUUGCGGUGGCAAAUGCCCUUGCCCUAAUGUGUUCUGGCUGAUUGGGUUUUCUGAUCUCCACCUUGCCUGCAGCUUUGAUCAACUGCAUUAUGGGCAUGGUUUUUGGGGCAAGCAUGUCUUUGGGGACCUAAAGGUGAUUGUAAAGGCACUCAGGCAACAGAUCAAAGCCAACGUUGAGAAGUAUGUUGCAAGUUUUCCUCACUGGCAAAACCUCACACACUUCAACCAAGUUAUUCAUGUCACUUUUUCAGAUGGUAACAAGCUGGCUGAUAUCUCCAAGGACUACACCAAAUGCAUCAUGAAGUCCAACAUUGAUGAUAUCCGCCUAAAGGGUGCUGCAUGCAACUAUAGCACUUGGCCCAAUGAAAGUAUGCAUAAGCCAAUCCAAGAUGCAUAUGAACACCAUUCAAAUGGUAGAGACAUUCCUGCUCAGGUCUUGUGGGUAGAUCAUCAAGUUCUUGCUAUGAAGCUUCUCAGAUUGCAUGUUGAUCACCUUGAGAAAUCCAUCUCUGGGGAAUCAGAUCCAGAAGUUGAUGUGCUUGGUGCACAUGUUGUUGUGACCCAAACCCUGGAAGACUUGGAGGAAAAUGGUCAGCCAGAUAUGGCAUUCCAUCGGUUCUGUCAAAGGUUUUGGGAGUUCCAUAAUGAUGCCCUUCUGGCAUAUGGAUAUCAAGUCAAGUCAUGGAUCUCCCUCCCCACUGACUUCAUGGUUGAAGAAUACUGUUAUCUGCUGGUCAACUAUGAGUUGACUGUCACUUGGAACCAGUGCACAGAUCAUCUCCACUGCAACCUGUCAUUUUUUGACAUAGGAAACAUGGAAUUUAUCUUGGCACAACCCUUCAUGACAAGGAUCGGACCAGCCCACACUAUUGAUCAUGGUCUCAGACUCAAACAUGUCAAGACAGUUCUGCAGGCUGUGUCCAUCUUCAUACCAUUGUGCUCGAUCAUCUGA